AUGGGCAAUGAUAAGUGGAUUACACCUCGCACUGCUCGCAGGAGGUGCACACAUACUUUCUCACUUGACUCCGACUUUCAUUUGUCCAUGGCUCAAGAUCCACAGACCUGGGAACAGUACAUAGCAGACAUACAAGCUGCACAGACCAGCCUUAACUGCAUCUCAGAUUUUCUAACCACGGUGUUUGCUGGGGAGGCGCCGAACGAUACCAUGGAAAGCAUUUACCAAUGGAAAAUGUGGGAGGCUCGCAAACAAAACCGCUUAAUUCUUCACUGGACCGGUGACCCUGCUGAAUGUCCUGUACUAAAGCCUUUACCACGCCGUGACCUCCGCAAGUUGCCAAAUUACAUCGAUUUCCCCAAAUCUUUCGAUGCACUAGCUUGUUUUAAUGAGGAUGUAUUACAUGCACUACUCAAGGCAUACGAUCAACCCACCGAUGGCAUUCUCACGGCCCGUGUAUUUCGCUUUGUUUCAUAUAUUACCACAGAUCAGUAA